GAUGGGCUCCAGAAAGCCCCGGUUACGGUGGCUGAGAGGAGACAGAGUGCGAGAGUCGGGCAAAUCGGGAGAGGGCGCGCGAGCGAACGAGCGAGCUGGAGAAGGGAACGGAGCGGUGGGGGAGUAGCGGCGGCGCGAGCCGGGGGUGGGCGAGCGGCGGGGUGUGGAGGGAGCCGUGUGUGUGGAGAGCGCGGCGCGGGGCGCUGCUGGGAGGGGGGCGAGAAGCCGGUCACUAGGACUAAGUAACGCCGCGGGCGGCGGCAAGGCCUUGCGAGGAGCUGAGCGCUCUGGAGGGGACCUCGUCUUCCGCACAGUCCAUAGUCAGGCUUUCAAGUAGCCAUGGAUAAGAGAGAGGCUAUAGCAGAAAUGGAAAAUGGUGACACUUUCCUUGACUUGAACAGAAUAACAGUAAAAUCUCAUCGUUACACAAAAGAAGAACUCUUGGAUAUUAAAGAACGUCCCCACUCUAAACAGAGGCCUUCAUGUCUUUCUGAAAAAUAUGACAGUGAUGGAGUUUGGGACCCUGAGAAAUGGCAUGCAUCUCUGUACCCAAGUUCAGGGCGAACCUCACCAGUGGAAGGGUUCAAAAAAGACUUGGAUUCAGAUCGGACUUCUCUCAUGCGCAGGAUAGUCGAUCCUAGGGAGCGGGUGAAAGAAGAUGAUUUGGAUGUAGUCCUAAGUCCCCAAAGGCGGAGUUUUGGAGGAGGCUGCCAUGUGACUACAGCUGUUAGCUCACGUCGAGCAGGGAGCCCUUUGGAGAAGGAGAAUGAUGGUGUUCGUGUUAUUGGUGGACGUAGGAUUGGAAGUGGGAGAAUCAUGUCUGCCCGCAACUUUGAUAAAGACCACCGGGGUGGUGAAAAGGACAUGCGUGAUUCUAGAGAUGCAAGGGACAGAGAUCGUGAGAGGGACUACAAAGACAAGCGUUUCAGGAGGGAAUUUGGGGAUAGUAAACGUGUCUUUGGGGAACGUAGAAGAAAUGAUUCCUACACUGAGGAAGAGCCAGAGUGGUUUUCUGCUGGACCCACAAGUCAGUCUGAAACCAUUGAGCUCACUGGCUUUGAUGAUAAAAUAUUAGAGGAAGAUCAUAAAGGACGAAAACGAACAAGACGACGCACAGCCUCUCUGAAGGAAGGACUAGAAUGCAAUGGUGGAGUGGCAGAAGGGGAUGAAGUGCAGUCUGUCCUUGCCCAUGAAAUUGCAGCGGAUCAAGAAGUUCCCAGGGAAGCUGUUCUACAAGAACCAGCCCCAGGAGAGUUUGACUUCAAUGAAUUCUUUAACCUGGAUAAGAGUGUUCCUGGUUUGGCUUCGGUGAGUGACGUGUUAGGCCAGAUGAUAGAGGAUGUGCUGGGGGAAGGUUCGAUGUCUUCUAGCAGGUUCAGUAGGUGGUUCUCUAAUCCUAGUCGUUCUGGAAGUCACUCUAGCAGCCUGAGAUCCACACCACAUGAAGAACUGGAGAGGCUAGCAGGUCUAGAGCAAGCCAUUCUCUCCCCUGGCCAGAACCCUGGAAACUACUUUGCUCCCAUUCCACUGGAAGACCAUUCUGAAAACAAAGUGGACAUCCUUGAGAUGCUACAGAAAGCCAAAGUGGACUUAAAACCUCUCCUCUCAAGUCUUUCAGCCAACAAGGAAAAGCUUAGAGAGAGCACACAUUCAGGAGUUGUACUUUCAGUGGAAGAAGUAGAAGCUGGGCUAAAAGGUCUGAAAAUGGACCAGGAGGGGAAAAUUGCUACUCCAUUCAUGGCACAGCAGAUGGAGGAAGCACUGAAUGUGGCUGGCUCCAGACAGCUCAAGAAAGAUGGAGAUAUGUCUGCAUUUAAUAAACUAGUCAGCAGCAUGAAGGCAAGUGGGACUCUACCAUCACAACCCAAGGUCAAUCAAAGCCUUGAAAGCCACUUGCUGUCUCCUCCUGAGAUCCCAGGCCAACCUCUACCAAAGAACAUUUUGCAGGAGCUUCUUGGUCCACCCAUUGCCAGACCUGCUUCAUCCAGUGUUCUUAGUGGCUUGAUAGGUGGCUUGGAACCUGCAGCUUCUUUGCUGAGCCAAAGAGCAUCUUCCCCUCCAAUUUCACAGGUGUUUCCAACUCGGGCUGCUUCUGCAGACUACCUCCGUCAUAGGAUCCCCUCACCAAUUGGUUUUGGACCAAGUUCUCAGCAAUUGCUCAGUGAUCCAUUUCAGGGGAUGCGGAAGUCAAUGAGCCCAGUUGCUGCACAGAUGAGUCCACUGGAGAUGCAGCAAGCUGGCUUAGAGGGACUAACUCUACCACAUGAUUUAGCCAUGCAGGCAGCAAAUUUCUACCAACCAGGUUUUGGCAAACCACAAAUGGACAAAAGCAGAGAUGGCUUCAGGAACAGGCAGCAGCGAAUGACUAAGUCUCCGGCACCAGGCCACAGAGGGAAUGCAUCUUCUCCAUCCCCUGCUGCAUCCAUCACUAGUAUGCUCUCUCCUUCCUUCACACCUACCUCAGUGAUUCGUAAGAUGUAUGAAAGCAAAGAAAAAAAUAAGGAGGAGCCAGUUUCUGGGAAAAUGAAAGCCAAUGAUAGUAAAGAUGAAGGUCAAAGGACACACGAAGAUAACUUACUAUCAGCUGGCUUGGUGGAGAAUGCAGACCAAGAUACUUCACCUGCUAUAAGUUCCAAACUAGCUGCAUUGCAACAUUCUGCAUGUUCUACACCGCUUUCUCAGCCAAACCGUUGCACCAAAGAACAAGACUACAGGCCUAAAUCAACGGGCAGAAAGACUCCUACAACAGCCUCCCCUGUACCAGGGUCUCCCUUCCUUCGUCCUGUUCACCAGGUACCCCUUGUACCAAUUGUACGACCUACUCAUCAACUCCAUCCAGGAUUGGUCCAGAGGAUGCUGGCACAGGGGAUGCAUCCACAACAUCUUCCUCUGCUGCAAGCAGGUAUGAUUCCUCCAGGGGUGGACUUGUCUCACAUACAGGGAAUAUCUGCUCCCAUCCUGGGCCAGCCUUUUUAUCCAUUACCAGCAGCUGGCCAUCACCUCUUAAACCCACGCUCUGGGACACCUCUGCAGCUGGCAAUGAUGCAACAGCAACUACAGCGAUCAGUUAUCCAUUCUCCUGCCUCUGGAGCACAGGGAUGUGCUGUUGGUGUGCAAACCACCCCUCAGAAUGUGCCAUCUCGGACUGGACUGCCUCAUGUACACUCACAGCUUGACCAUCGAACCAGCCAGAGAAGUGGUUCUCCUAUUGGCCUUGCAAAAUGGUUUGGUUCAGAUGUUUUGCAGCAGCCCCUCCCUUCCAUGCCAUCCAAAGUCAUCAGUGUAGAUGAACUGGAAUAUCGGCAGUGAGCAGUGACCUCUAGGAGGAUGGGUAGCUGUUUCUUUAGACUGGAAAGAGUCCUGAUAGUAUACAUUGUGCUUCACCUGUUUGUUUUGGGGCUUUUAUUUUUAGCACUGUGUGUGCAGAACUUCAAGAGACUAAAGCACAUGGCACCUGUCCUGGUCUCCAUGUCUAGGUCAAGACUGAAGGAUCCAUAUGGCUUGAACUAUGAAGCCUGAAGACAUUUAGAUGCAAUACAAAGCCAGUUUAAUCCUGGAAAUGUCUAUUUUUUGUUUUUGUAAAAUAUGUGAAUGAAGUGCUGAGAUCCUCUGGUGUAGAGGGAGCAGCUAAGGAUUCCUCCUGCAGAAAAUUAAAUGUAUAGACCCUUGUGUACAAACUUGUGUAUAAACAAUCUUUUGUAUAUAUACCUAGGAUAGCUUUUUUGAACCUAUACAGCUGUACAUAAGAGUAGCUGAUAAGUUUGAGCUUUAGUUGUGCCUAUGGUUUUGAUCGCUUCAUUGUACAUGUGGGACUUAUUUGUUUAAGAUUAAAGUUGCAAAUGCCAAGUGUGCGAGUGAACAAGAUAAAGCUGAUUUCUCUUCUU